GAGCCAGCCAGCCAGUCCAGGGGCUUUGAGGUCGCCAUCUUCCUUCGUGCUCUCGCGGCCUUUUCGUGUCGCCGCCUCCGCCGGGCGUCAUUUCCCUUAGAGCCGCUGAGGAGGAGGAGGAGGAGGAGGAGGGAAGGAAGCAAGAUGGCGGCGCUGGGAGAGCCCGUGAGGCUGGAGAGAGAUAUUUGUCGGGCUAUUGAAUUGCUGGAAAAGUUGCAAAGAAGUGGAGAGCUACCCCCACAAAAAUUACAGGCUUUGCAAAGGGUCCUUCAGAGUGAGUUCUGUAAUGCAGUGAGGGAGGUAUACGAGCAUGUAUAUGAGACCGUGGACAUCAGCAGUAGCCCAGAAGUGAGAGCAAAUGCUACAGCAAAGGCCACUGUUGCUGCCUUUGCUGCUAGUGAAGGUCAUUCCCAUCCCAGAGUUGUUGAACUGCCGAAAACAGAAGAAGGGCUUGGAUUCAACAUCAUGGGCGGCAAAGAACAAAAUUCUCCAAUCUAUAUAUCCCGAAUUAUCCCAGGUGGUAUUGCUGAUAGACACGGGGGAUUGAAGCGUGGAGACCAGCUUCUUUCUGUAAACGGAGUGAGUGUUGAAGGGGAACACCAUGAAAAAGCUGUGGAACUGCUAAAAGCAGCUCAAGGAAAGGUUAAGCUGGUUGUACGAUAUACACCCAAAGUCCUGGAAGAGAUGGAGUCACGAUUUGAAAAGAUGAGAUCGGCAAAACGCAGACAGCAGAAUUAAUAAUAUAGAUAAAAUUUAAGGAGAAAUGUGAUCUUUGUUUGCUUUAUCCUGGAAACAUCUUGUAGCAGAUAAUUUUCUUAAAUCUUUUACAGAUCUCUCUUGAACAUCUUAAUGCUUCCUCAGAAGAAAAGUUUACAGGGGGAUUUCUAUGUGGUUUUACAAAUUCUUCUUUAAAAUUCAAACUUGUACUCAUCAACACAAAUUUGUAAACUGUUUUUAAAUACACUUUUAAUAAGCUAUUUUCAGCAUUUGUAACUCCUGUUUUUCUAGUAAUUUUUUCCCAUUUGGCAUUAUUUAAAACUGAAAAUCUUUAUUUUGGGUACAAAUACAAGUCUUGUUCUUUGGCACUAAAGUAUGUACCAUCUGCAUAAAAGGCAGUCAUAAUUUUGUGGCUAAGUGAAAUGUGUACUUUUGAUGAACAAGUUUCUAUGCAUGUUUUAGAUCAUAAAUUUAUAUUGUUAAUGACAUCUUGAACACUUUCUUACCUCAUUUGUGAAUAAUUUGUAACAGGGAGCCUCUUGCUUAAUAUUUCAAGGAUUGACGUCCUAACAGCAAUCAUUCCUAUAAUUUGUAUAUUUUUAUACUGACUUCCAGACAGCUGGAAAAAAUUGCAAAACUGUGUUAUUUCUGUUUAAACAGGUAAGACGCAUGCAGUGUACAAAAAAAAUUACACAUGUUUUUAAUUUUCUCUUCUCUUGUAACUUACAUACUUGGCUUGCAGCAGUUUGCUGUUAGUGUUCUGCCUACAGAACCUAUUUUCUGAUAUUUAGACAGUUGGUGAUCAGCAGAUGUGUUUUUAUUGUGGGUUUUGAAGCAAGUGUGAAUACUAGUAUGUCAGCAAGCUUGUCAGACAUAUAUUUGCUAGAGAAGUGGGCUAAUACUGGAGAAGACUCGCUUUUUCUUACAUACUGAUUGUGUUAUCCAGGUUCUCAAGUCAUAUCUGAGAAUUAAAUAUUCUUGCUUUUAUUUAACCUUUUAAUUUUUUUAAAAAAAGAAAAUAAGCAUAAUCCAAGAAGUUUUUCAGUCACUUACAGCUGCUCAUAAAGAUGAUGCAAGAAUCAGUCUGCAAUCAGUCUGUUCAAUUAGAUUUUUGAAGCUCAAGCAUUGUUUUGCUAGUGGCUUGUCCAGAAAGAGUUUUUUUUAUCAGUGAGAUAUUGAACUUGUAGCCUAACGUGUACUUCAAACAAGUAAUGUGUUCUGCUGAGAUUUAUUUCCAAUAUAUCUAGGUAGUGAAUUUUGGUAGUGAUUUUUGGGCUACAUCUAAUAUCACAUGAAUGGCCAUCAGUUUGCAGUAAGAUUUCCCCUGCCUUCCCACCCCCAGUGUCCUGAUCUGUUUUACUGGUAUACACGGACCUUUAGAGCAGAUAUGGGAGGAUGAAAUGGAGGAAGGAGAAAUCUUCUUCACUGCAGGUAGACAACCUUGCUUAUGCCCCCUUGUCUCAACUAGUUUUCAGAAUUUUACCUUCUAGUGCUUUGUUUCACAAUAUUUUUACUUCUUCUGAUGAAGGAUAAGCGCACAUAUAACUGGUUCUUCUUUCAGUAGAAAUCAUGUUUUGGAAGCUUGUAGUAUGGACCCCUGCCUUUGUCAUUUCCUAUACUAACCUGCCUCUUACGUCCUAAUGGUAUCUCCAUCUCACAAACAACUAAAGAGAAAUUUAUAUUGAAAUCUGAGAACACCUAGUCUGGACUAUUUGCAUUAGUCUGGUUAUCCACUGGAUGUCAGUGUUCAGCUAUAAAUGUCUAGUAGUCAAUGUGAACAAGUAUUCCCUAACACAUGUCUGAAUGACUAGAAUAACAUGCAGUCAAAUACUGUACAACUAUUGUGCCAGUAUGGAGAGAUGAUGGGAAUAGAUUUUUCUUUGUUUUUAUGUAAUGUCAAGUCAGAACCGACUUAAAGCAACCUUAAUAGAAGUUUGAAGGUAAGAUAUAUUUAAGAAGUGGUUUUUACCAGUUCCACACACCCCAGUGAGUUUCCAUAGCUGAGUGAAGAUAUGAACUCAGGCCUCCAUCACUCUAUCUGCUAUUCCACACUGGGUAUCUAGAUUUUUUUCUUACUAAUGUCAAAAUAAAAUCUAUUUGUUUACAUUAUCUCAGUGGUUUAGGUUUCUGGUUGCAGAGCUAGAGGUUGGGGGUGUAAUUCCCCACUGUGCCUCCUUGACAGGGGCAGGACUAAAUGGUCCAUAGGGUCCCUUCCAGCUCUGCAUUUGGAAGAUAAGAUAUAUAGAUCAUGUUUUUUAAAAGAAAAGAAAAGCUCUAAGGAGGGUGUUAUAAGCAACUUCCAAUAAUCUCUAAGUAAUUAGCCAUUUUGAGCCUUCUUAAAUUAACAGAAUGUUAGUAACUGAAACCCACCAGCUGUGUGAAUUUUUAAUCAUUUAGUAAUACUGAGCACUGAAUUGCAUAGUUUUAGCAUGUAGCCUGCUGCACAAAAUAAGCAGUAGAACCAUGUUGAACUGUAUAUUUUUGAUGGAUUAAAUAUUUAAAAUAUUGAGACCAAAUGAUGUAGUUGGGCCAAUUAUGAAGUAUUUUAAUUGUAUAAUAGGUCUAUGUUGAAGCUUUCUAUAUUAAAUAAAAGAAUAGGAUCAGGUAGAGACUACUAUAAUGUUUUUUCAUCUGAUGUACUGCAUAUAGCAGUGUGUCCUGUUAUUCCAUGAGUCAGAUAAGGAUAGCCAGGACCACUGUAAAGAAAUGUAAUGCGACUGUGGCAUGUUUGCUUCAAAGUAAACCCACUGUAUUCACUAUGACUUACUCCUAGGAAAGUCUGUAUAGGUUUGCAAUCUGGGAAUAAGCUCCAUCUGGUGUGGUGAUAUUUACUUCUCAGUAGGCAUAGACAGUGGUGCCUCAUAAGACGAUUUUAAUUCGUUCCACGAAAAUCGUCUUCUGGAAAAAUCGUCUUGGGGCAAGGCACCACUACAGGAUUUCUCUUGUUUAUAGGUUUUCAUCAUUCAACUUGGCUUUUCAAUUCAGUAAAGAUGUUCCAAAACCUGUUGGAUUGGUGUAGUGUACUCACAUCUAGAGCUAAAUAACUAGAAACUGUGAAAGAAUCUCAGAGUUUUUGUAUACUUAUAUUCCAUCUUAUCUUAGUUGUUGCAACCCAGAGAAAUUUCUUGAUGGCCAGGUUGAAAACCAGUUGUUUUUUUUAGAGACAAGAAAUUAAAAUACAGAAUACUACUGAAAAAGUACAGUGACAAGUGUGUAUUUUAUUGAUUUGUUCACAUAUGCAAUAAUUUAAUAACCAGUACUGAUUAAAGAUAAACAAUACUA